UUUGGAGUCAUUCCCUUCAUUUCCUCGCAUCUAGCGAAACCCUAGCUCCUCUUCAUCGUCGUCAAUCUCUCUCUCUCCCUCUCCCUCUCCCUCUCCCUCUCCGAUCUCAGACGCAGAGAAGAUCCGGCGAAGAUGUCGAGUGCUUUGGACAUGUCACUUGACGAUAUCAUCAAGUCUAACAGGAAGCCCGCCGGGUCUCGUGGUGGCCGCGGCGGUGGCGAAGGCGUAGGCCGCGGAUCCGGUGGUCCUGGUCCCGCUCGCCGUUUUUCUAACCGUAUAGGAAACCGAGCGGCACCGUACUCAAGGCCGGUACAAGCUCCAGAUUCGGCGUGGCAACACGACAUGUUUGCGGCUGACACAGCGAUGACUGCGGGCUUCGGGGCCCGUCCUACGGGCGGAGCCUCGUCGAUUGAGACUGGGUCUAAGCUCUACAUUUCCAAUUUAGAUUACGGAGUUUCCAACGAAGAUAUUAAGGAGCUCUUCGCAGAAGUUGGUGACAUGAAACGAUACGGCAUUCAUUAUGAUAGGAGUGGUAGAUCGAAGGGUACAGCUGAAGUCGUCUUUUCCAGGCGAGUUGAUGCAAUGGCUGCUGUAAAGAGGUACAACAAUGUUCAACUGGAUGGCAAGCCUAUGAAGAUUGAGAUAGUUGGGACAAAUCUCUCUGUGCCUGCUCCACCUCCUUUACCUUCAAACGGGAUGUUUGGAAACAUAAGUGGUGUUCCCAGAAGAGGCAGAGGCAGAGGCGGUUUCGUGGGACGGCCACGUGGUGGUGUCGGGGGUGGUAGGGGAGGUCGUGGCCGUGGGAGAGGUAGAGGGCGAGAUGAAAAGAUAUCGGCAGAGGAUCUUGAUGCUGACUUGGAUAAUUACCACAAAGGGGCCAUGGAAACUGAAGGGGGAAACUAAAAGUCCCCCUUUGCAUUUUGAACUUAUUUUCUCCGGCUUCCAUCAUAUGCAUUGAUGUUAUUUGUCGUUUGUAUUGUGUGUCAUCUGGCUCUGGUUUUGAUUUCUGGGAUUAGGGUUUUGGAGGGUGAGUAAGAGAACAGAACUGUUGUUGUGUGUGUACUGUCAUGGGACUUGGUUUUAGGGCAUCAGUAAAAGAAGCGUUGUUUAGAAAUCCUUUUAAGAAUGAAGUUUCGUGUUGUUGUGAUUGGUAAGUUGAGAACUUGGUUGUAUAUCUGGUAACAAAGUGGAUGUUGUUUA